CAUGCCAGCUUCAUCAGUGACCGCCGCAAGCAGCACGCAGCUUCCUCCUGCGAAGCCCAAUCAUAACUUCACGCGUAGGCCGUCCUCCAAGCUAGGGGUGUUCUUCUGGAGGCAGAGGAUGUGGAUCGAGUCGACUUUCGUCUUGUCUAUGCUCGAGCCUUGGGAGAAGAUCCUGCUUGUGACCAUCUUCUUCGCUUUCUCCCUCCUCCUAUUUACUGGAAUGUACAAGUACAUGCCGCAGCACCUCGUUUUCCUGAGAGGACGAGCAGUCUAUUACCUCUGGGGACAGGAGGGCGGUGAACGUUUCCUGUGGCAGUGGUUGGGACUCGCUGGUGAGGGGAUGGUCAACGCCAGCUUGCAUAAAGAGCUUUA